CGGCUACAAGCAUUCGCUCGACAGUUCGAAGGGUCUCCUGGGGACCCAGAAGGAACAUGACUGGAUUCUCGUCAAGAAAUGGCUCCGUCGAGCCGCCAGAUGAGAGACAGGCUUUGAUCAGCGAUACAGCUCGCAUCAACUCUGGGUUUCGCCAGCAACAUCAGAAGCCUCGACACCACUGGUCUCAUUGGCCUAGACGAGUUGCGCAUCUAACAUGGUCGACACUGGUCCGCGAUUAUGUCAACGUCCUUCUCGUUUUCGUGCCUCUGGGCAUCAUCGCAGGUGUUCUGCACUGGGAUAGCACCGUCAUUUUUACGCUCAAUUUCUUGGCAAUCAUUCCUCUGGCCUCGCUCCUGAGUUUCGCAACCGAGGAGCUGGCCGCGACGAUGGGUCAGGCUCUAGGUGGCUUGAUGAAUGCAACAUUUGGCAAUGCCGUUGAGCUGAUUGUUAGCAUAAUCGCUUUGAAAGACAAUCAGAUUCGAGUUGUCCAAGCCAGCAUGCUUGGAAGCAUUUUGUCCAACAUUUUGCUCGUCCUUGGAUGUUGCUUCUUCAUUGGAGGGUUACGUUACUCCGAGCAAACCUUUAACAGUACAGUGGCAUCAACCAUGUCUUCGCUGAUGACCGUCGCUUCCGCUUCUCUCAUCAUCCCUGCUACGCUUUAUGCCUCUCUGAGCGGGUCUGACAAAGGGGAAAGGAGAGAUAACAUCCUGAUUCUUUCCCACGGAACCGCCAUCAUCCUUUUGAUACUCUAUGUGAUGUACCUAUACUUCCAGCUCAAGUCGCACGCGGAACUUUUCGAAGAAGCCAACAACGAGAUUAAUGACGCCGAAAACCAAGCGGGAGACGCGGGAGUAGAGGAGGAAGAAGAAGAAGAAGAAAGACUGCUCAACCCAUGGGCUGCCACAGUUGCUUUGAUUGUCGUGACGAUUCUGGUGGCUAUCUGCGCCGACUACCUCGUAGGUAGUAUCGACAGCAUUGUACAGAAGACUGGCAUGAGUCGUACGUUCAUUGGUCUUGUUUUGAUUCCCAUUGUCGGCAACGCCGCCGAACAUGUCACCGCCGUGGUUGUUGCUUGGAAGGGCAAAAUGGAUCUGGCUAUUGGAGUUGCCAUCGGGAGCAGUCUCCAAAUUGCGCUGUUUGUUACUCCCUUCCUCGUCAUUCUUGGCUGGAUCAUGAAUGUGGAUAUGACACUGCAUUUCCAUAUCUUCGAGACUGUCGCGUUCUUCAUCUCUGGUUUGGUCGUUACUUUCCUGAUUCAGGAUGGAAAGUCUAACUACCUUGAAGGCGGGCUAUGUCUGGGAAUGUACAUCAUUCUCGCACUCGCUUUCUACGUGUAUCCGGACAGUGCUAGCGACGAUGCUCUGUUCAAUCAUUGAAUGUAGCAUCUCAGAGCGAUGUGAGAGCCUAUUUUGUCAAUGCUGUCAGCAUUCUUCGGUCUAAACUCUCGCGCUCGCUCAACAAUCUCCAAUUGCUCAUUUUGUGCAUCUAGGUCAUGCUGUAUGUAAUACAGCUGUGAUUUCUCGCGUGUGGUAAGCGGCGGCGAUUUUCACAUCUCGGUGUCAUUGUUGGUGGCUCUUUGUUUUUGCUCUGCUGGACGAAAAACGCUGUAGGCCAGUUAAGUAGUUAUCGUACUCUGUUGCUUCUACAAGCGUGCUGUGGUGCGUACGGAAUUUAAACAAGCUUGGUGAGUUCA